GGAUAACCAUUUUGUUGCCGGAAGUUGCAGGAAAGACACAUAAUACAGAAAGAGGUUCGAAUGUGAGCACAUAAAUUAGGGUUUGUAUGAGGAAGAGGGAUUUCGAACCUAAUCUGUGUUUUCUUUCUUUCUUUCCCUGCAGAGUGACUCGCAACAUCACGCAUUACCCAUGAUUACGCUACUUUACCCAUUUCACUAAAAGGAAGUGAUUUAACUCGCAAAUAGUAGCAAAAUCACAAUUCGGAUCGCCAUUUUUUGUACCCUGCCUGUAGACUUUUCACUUACUUUCUUGCUGUUUCUCCUGGCAGAAAUUUGUUAUCUGGAACUGGAAUGAUGGAAACAUUUGGUGCAUCGAUUUCAGAGGUGAGGAAUGUUGCAACAGGUAAUUCCAAUGACGGUACGGUUGAAAUGGAGGGUUUCAAGCAACGUGUUGACGAGAUAAUUUCAAAGGUUGAUAAGCUUGAGCAGAAAGUACAUGAUGUGGAGAACUUUUACUCAAGUAUGAAUAAAAAGCAAACAAACACACUUAAAGGUAAUUCAACUUCAAAGGAUAAGGAGAAACAUGUUCCAAGUAUUAAGAAGCAACAACAGGAUGCCUCACGUAGAGAAGUGGCUGCUUUAAAAAGAAUGCAAGAUCUUAUGCGCCAAUUUGGCACAAUACUACGCCAGAUCACACAACACAAGUGGGCUUGGCCUUUUAUGCAGCCUGUGGAUGUAGAGGGGCUUGGUUUACAUGAUUAUUAUGAGGUGAUUGACAAGCCCAUGGAUUUCAGUACGAUUAAGAAUCAAAUGGAGGCUAAGGAUGGUACUGGAUAUAAGCAUAUUCGAGAAAUAUGUGCUGAUGUGAGGCUGGUUUUCAAAAAUGCUAUGAAAUAUAAUGACGAAAAAAGUGAUGUUCAUGUGAUGGCAAAAACAUUGUUGGCAAAAUUUGAGGAGAAAUGGUUGCAACUUCUGCCUAAAGUUACUGAAGAGGAAACAAGACGAGAAGAGGAAGAAGCUGAAGCACAGUUAGCAUUGCAAGUUGCUCAGGAAGCAGCUCAAGCUAAAAUGGCUAGAGACUUGAGUAAUGAGUUGUACGAAGUUGAUGUGAUUCUAGAAGAGCUACGGGAGAUGGUUCUUAAAAGAUGCAGGUGGCGGUGGCGCAGCGGUUGUGGCAAAAAAUUCGGACCCAAAAGCAAAAACUAUGGUCGUGAACAGAAGGGAAGAAUGGUGAAGAAUGGCAGCAGAAGAAUGACAGCAGCGACAAUGUGGGAGGGAGGAAGAAGAUAACUUGAAACCCUAAAUUAUUCGUCUAGUGUUUAAUAAUAUUGGGAUUUGUUCCCCUAGAAUUAGUUGAUUAAUAUUUCCAUAAUAGCCAACAGACUUUUGUACUUAUAGGUCCAAUGACCUAAUAAUUUUGUAUGAGAAAUAACAUAUUCUUCCUUCUAAAUUUGAGAUGGUAUCAGAGCUUUUGAUCCUAGGAACCUCUGACUGUAGCCUAAAACCCAAAUCACAACCACCACUACACAACCUUGAUCCAUCGCUGCCCCUAUUAUUCAUUGCAGCCUUCAUCGCCUAAAACCCAAAUCACAACCACCACUACACAACCUUGAUCCAUCGCUGCCCCUAUUAUUCAUUGCAGCCUUCAUCGUUGCUAACCUUACCGCCUUCAUUGUAUCUUCCUCUCAUCACAAUCUUCAUCCGUGGUUGAGAUUGUGAAUUCCAUUCCUAAAACAGGGGACAAAAUCCCAAGAGUGUUGGAGAAUUCCAGAAUGUUCGUUCUGCUUAUUAGCUAACUGGAAGAAUGAUCUUAAAUGGUCUUAACUCAUUAGGACCACAUUGAAGGGAAAAGGAAAGGGCAGUAACCUUACUGGCGCUGCCUUACUGACAAUGCUCUUAUUGAAAUGGAUGCCAAGUUCAAAUCAUGGGACGAAGAAGACUAUGUAAUCAUGGCAUGGCUGUGGAAUUCAAUGGUACCAGAAAUUAGUAAUACUUGUAUGUUCCUUAAAUCAGCAAAGGAAAUUUGGGGAGCGGUGGAACAAACGUAUUCGAAGGCCAUAGAUGUUGCACAAAUAUAUGAUGUAAAGGUGGAAAUCUUGGGAGCCAAAUAGGAAAACAAAUCUGCCAUAGAAUAUGCCAAUCAACUCAAGUCUUUAUGGAUGGAAUUGGAUCACCAUCGCAUUAUAAAAGCAAAGUGCUCACAAGAUUUAGCAAUCCUUAAGAUUACAUUGAACAAAAUAGGGUUUAUGAUUUUUUUGUAGGCCUGAAUUCUGAAUAGGAUCAGGUUCGUAUAAAUUCUGGGAAAAGAGAAACACCCAUGCUCAACUUGAUGCUGGAAACCCCAAUUGUUGAAAGCACAACAAUGGUAGUUGAAGAAGGAACAACCAUGAUUGUUAAUCAAAAGAAAAAUGGAUUUUCCAGUAUGGAGAAAAAAAGAGGAAGUUUGGUGUCUUUAUUGCAACAAGCCAUGCCACACACGGGAGAAGUGCCUGAAAUUACAUGGAAAAUCUCCAAAUCGAGAAUGGGGCAGAAACGCCAAAGCCGAGAAAGGGGUAGAAAGGAGGUUCUGAAAAAAAGGGGAGGACAAGGGCAAGUACACACUGCUAAUGGACAUAGUGAAGAGCUGGUCAGUUAAAUCAUGAAAUAGAAAAGGUAAGGUCUUUUUUGAGAAAAUCGGAGAAGCCUACUUGUAUGUGCUCCUUAACAUGUUCUAGUAAGUUUCCGUUUUCUUUUGGACUUGAUGUUUCAAAUACAUUAUGUACCCACUCCUGGAUAUUAGAUUUUGGAGUCACAGACCAUAUGACACCCUUCACCAAAUAUUUUUUCACAUAUUUUUCAUGUCCUAGCAACAAAAAAAAUUUCCAUAGCAGACGGAACCCUUAUAACAACAUGACAAGGAGAGGUUCAAUUAAACCUGUCCAUAACAUUAAAAAAUGUUCUACAUGUCCCUAAGUUGUCCACCAAUUUAAUUGCGAUACAAAAACAUACAAAAGAUCUCUCAUGUAAUGUUUUUUAUAACAAUGGUUGUAUAUUAGUGGACAAGAACUCAGGGAGGAUGAUUGGACAUGCUAGAGAACGGGAUGGCCUGUACUACAUAGAAGAUUCUAAUAUGUCUAUUAGAAGUCACUCUCUUAUAUCUGAAUCCACCAUGACCAACAAAAAAAACAUCUAACUUCACCAUUGUUGGAUGGGACAUGCAAAAGUAAUAUUUCCUUCCUUGUUUAAGAAUUUAUAUAUAGGGAGUCUACAUUGCGAGGUGUGUGAGCUUGCUAAUCACAAGCACGUACCUUUUCCUAUUAGUAAUAAAAUGAGUUAUUUUCUUUUUUUCUCUUGUUCACAUUGAUGUAUGGGAUUAUGCUAAUGUUCCUAUUAUCUCGGGUGCAAAAUGGUUUUUAACUUUCAUAGAUGAUUGUACCAAGGUUAUUUGGUUUUCUAAUUGAAACAGAAAUCUGAAGUUAGUUCUAUAUUUAUUUGGUUUGUCUCAAUGAUUAAAAACCAAUUUCGAGUCAACAUUAAGAGAAUUAGCUGACAAUGCCAUGGACUAUUUUAACUGUGUUCAACCUUUUCUGCCAAAAGAAAGGGAUUGUUCAUGAGUCUUAUGAUAUUCUGAUAACUGUGUUUUGGAUGAUUAAAAUGUACGGUUCAUUUUUUGAACAGAUUAUCUGUUAGCAAUGUUUGAUAAAUUUUGUCUCAUUCCUUUUAAACCGAACUAUUGGUAUUUUCAUCAUUAAGCAAAUGAUAGGGUACUUCAUUGUCACAACAUAAAUAUAGAAAUUUGAUAGCAUGGCUUAAACGCCAAUAAAGUAACUAAGCUUAGCUGUCGAAUAAUUCUUCCCUUCAUAUCUACCUUAACUUGUCAUUCUAU